AAAUACACCCUAAAAUUCUCUCAGCCUUGCUACUAGCAGUGAAGCACUGCCUUGAUGGCUGGAGUAACUCAUCUACUACCAUACCAGGAUACUUUUCUUCAGUUAUGCUAUAUGAGAUGUGUGAUCGAAAUUAUGAUAAUCCAAAUGCAGUAUCUUGCACUUACUACUAUUAAAGGUAAUUGACAAUCCACGUGGUGGUGCAGCCUUAGUAAUGGAAUACAUUGAUAUGAAAUCCUUGACUCGCUAUUCAUCUAAACUUGGGGAACUACUAGCAAAAAUGCACUUGCACAAUACAGAAAUAGGAAAUAGGCUUGAAGCUCAAGCCAGCUCCAUCCACAAGAGUAGUGAAUUAGAAGAUCAAUUUGUCAGUCAGUUUGGAUUCCACACAACCACAUGUUGUGGGUAUAUUCCUCAAGACAACACUUGGCAUGAUGACUGGGUGGAAUUUUUUGCAAGACAAAGACUUCAGUAUCAGUUAAAUCUCAUUGAAAAGAAUAAAAGAGAUAGGGAAGCACAAGAACUUUGGUCUCAGCUGCAGCUUGUAUUGCCCAAGUUCUUCAAGAACAUCAGUAUUGUACCAGCUAUAGUUCAUGGUGACCUUUGGGGAGGAAAUGCAGCAGAAACAGAUAAUGAACCAGUAAUCUUUGAUCCAGCAGUUUUCUAUGCACACUCAGAGUUUGAGCUUGGAAUAACUACAUUGUUUGGAGGAUUUUCCAGGCAAUUUUUCAGUUCUUAUCAUUCUGCCAUUCCAAAAGCUCCAGGAUUUGAAUAUCGGCUUCAAUUAUACCAGCUGUACCAUUACCUAAAUCAUUGGAACCAUUUUGGUGGAGGUUAUCGUGGAUCAUCUAUCUCGUUGAUGAAAAGGUUACUGAAGAAUUAAGUUACAGAUGGUUUCGUAUUGCAAGCUUCAAAAUAUCUGCUUUGUAUUCAGUGUAUGUAUAGGUGUAUCUCACAGGUUUAUAGGAUCUUGUACUUGACUUCAGCCUUCAAGUAUCUACUCCAUAUUAAAUGUAGUGCUUGUAUGCAAUCUAUGAAGAAACUGCUUAUUCUAGAUCUACAUUUAUAUGUAUAUAUAUAAGUGGGCUUAGUAGUGUCAUUAUUGAGUACAUAUAUAUAUGUGUACUUUCUUUGCAAGUUUUGGAAAUCUUUGGAUGCAUGUAAGGCUUGCUGUACAAAUAUCCAGAAAUCUAAACAGUAGUCAUUUGCUAUUUCAAACCUUUGGAAUUGUGGAAAUUUGUAUCUUCAGUUUAAUUUUCUUUUGGAUUUUAUCAGAUAUUUACUGUUAAUCUACUUUAUGGUUAUCUUGUUCUCUGUACAUGUAAUUUGAUUUUGCAUAUAACUUAUGUGAGAAUUUUAUUUUUUAAUUCAUUUGCCAGAGGAAAAACAUCUUCGAAAACCGAAAUGGUUUACAUUAGUCACACUUUAUCUUAAGUGAGUUUUUGUUGUUUUCAUUUAUUAAAAUUUCUUCAGUGAAGCUCUUUGCUUAAGAACAAAGCUCAUUGCAUUGCAAAAUUUAAUUAAAAGACUCGGAUUGUCAGUUGCAAAUAUUAUUAUGUUGUUACGUUACUUUCCUAACCAAUGAAAAGAUCAUGGUUUUGUAGGUCUACCACUAUACAUCACUAAGUUUUAUGUUUCCAAUAUUAAUCUUAAGUAAUAAUUGACUUAGACUUUGAACAUACAAUUCACAUUAUCUCUGGUAUUUGGUGAAAGAUCUUACUGACAGUGACCUGAAAGAUACAAAAUAUAUUUAAAAAGCUGUGCAUUGAGAAAUCAAGUUGUGUCGGCUAUUAUAGUUUUAUUGUGAUGUUUUCUCACAUUUGCUACCAUGAAAGAUUCCUAUUUCAUAAUUGUCAGUGGUAUACACCACACAAGAAAAUUAGGCGUUUUUUGUGGUUGAAAGAGAUUAUGAAUACAUAACUUAUGUUUUUGUAUUUUUUUUUUGCAUAUACUCAGUUACCUGCAUAUUGUGUAAAUUACUUAAAUUGCCUUUGUAGCAUUUACAACUUUUUUUUUUUCACAGAAGGUGACCCAGUGCUAAAAUGUCUCAUGAGUCAGAUCCAAUGACAUGGUAAUAUACUAAAAUAUGAUUGAGAAAAAAAUACACCAAUAUGUAUUUUUUUGUUAAAAAAGAUUACUUUUGAUAUGAUAUAUUGAUGUACAAAUGAAUUUUGGUAGAUUUAAAAAUUGUUACUGACAUGAAACUGCAUUGCUCAUUGGUAACAUCUGAAGUUGUUUAUGGUUUAUCAGUUGUACUUAUAAAUUAAUAUAUAUAUAUUCAAAGGAUGUCUUGUAUCGCAGAGUUGUUUGAAAAUGCAGUUGAAUAAUUAUUGGAAACCUUCUUUGUGUGUUGUUGUGGGAUAUCCAAUAAACUAAUAUUUUUAUAGUGAAACCCUAUACUUUGAAAAUGUGAAUUUUACCUUAAAUAACUAAACUUUUAAAGGAUGAAAUUGAGAAAUAUACACUUAAUUCUUUUUAUUGAAUUAGCCUAAUUAUCAAUGCAUAAUAUCUCACAACAUGAGUGCUAUGUGUAAGGUUAGAUUGAAUUUAUGUUUGAGAAUACACGUCUUACAUUUCAUUUAUCUGUUAGGUUAGCAUAAUAGUGAUUUCAUAAGGACAUGUAGUGAUCUAAUGACAAUUUAAAAUGAUUGUAAACUGAUACAUAUAUUAAAUAAAUUUGGCUACUAAAGGUGAUGUUUAUGUACAAUACCCAAAUCAUGACUAAUGUUGAAAACGUGUUCUAAGUAUUAAUGAUUAAUUUAUAACACUUGAAUGUGCAGGUACCCAGAUAACACAGAUAAGCAGCUUAUAUUCCAUAGAAUGAACAAUGAUUCUGUGAAGAAAUACAAUGGCAUGUAAUUUAAGCAAAAUGUGUGUUACAAGGAAAUAAAAGAUCGUUGUUAUUUCUCAGGUAAUGAUAGAGAUGAAAAAUAAAAAUGAUGAUUUUGUAAGAUUGAAGAUUAUAAUUUAAUUGCAGUAGAAGUGUUUUUCUAGUGGCCCUAUGUGCAAAGAAUAAGUUUGUUUGUUUGUGUUUAAGUGCAGAGCUACUUAAUGGGCUUACUGCACUAUGCCCACUAUGGGUAUCAAAACAUGAUUUUUAUUGUUAUAAGCCCUCAAGCUUAAUGGUGAGUUGCUGAGAGCAUAAUUUUAUGUACCUGAAGUACAUAAUGUGUUAAUAAGAAUAGGUUAUACACAUUUGUUAGCUAAUAGUUCGUGUUAAACAUGGUAAGAAGAUGCAUUUCCAAUACGAUAUUUUAUGUCCUCUCACAAAAUAGCUUUUCUCAACUAGCACUUCCCUCUAUCAGCGCAAAUUUUCAAUGCAUGCCACUAGCUUUCCACCUCCCACUUCUGCAUAUCUACAUACAAAUGAUCAUGCAGCAGCUCUCCAACAAUACGAGCAUGACAUCACUCCUAUUGUAACAUAUAUAAAAGUAACAAUAAUCAGCAUACAGUUCAUGUAUGUUCAAUUUAUAGAAAAUUGAUAUUUUAGAGUUAUCUUACCAUACUACCAAACAUGCUGUUGUUAAAUAGUUAUAUUAUUAUACUGCCAAGUAUACUUUUUGUUUACAUAUAUCUUGUACUGCAAAGCAUACUGUUAGCUUUUUUCUACAAUAGUAGUAAUUUUUGGGGACAUACAUGUACUACAUUUAACAUAUAAUCAAAUUUAUUGAUUACAGUAUUCCUAAAAUUUACUCAGAAAUAAUUGUAUGGUGAAUAUAAAACAAAUGCUAGCAAUUUGGUGUUUUUCAUGAGCUUUUCUUUUACGGUAGACCUGUCUUGAAACUUCCUCGAGAUAUAAUUGCUUCACUAGCUUAUGAAUCAUGUUCACCAGAAUAGUUAUCGAGAUACUUGGGUACCCAAAGGUUUCUACCUCAAUGGGGGACGACAGGUGAGAGGAAAUCAAAAGAUGCUACCUGAUGGUUACACAACUAUUACAUAAUAUACAAAUUAUACUGACACCUGAGAGUUACAUAACUUUUACAUAAUAUAUUCAUCUGAAGGUUACAUAACUGUUAUAUAGUAGCCACCAGAGGGCGAUGAUGGUAUAGUAUAACCAAGUGGCACUAAAGGGCACAUCGCUAGGGCCAUGAAGUUAUACCAGAGAGCUUGUUGGUGUGAUGAGCAAACCACCAGAGGGUGAUGCAGAUCAACAUGACAUUAACUUUAUAGUGACAAUCAAAGACUUGAAA